UGCAUUGUGGGUAAUGGUGGCGGAAGUUGUCGUUCGUGGAUGUUGUUGGUGGUGUCUGCGCCGUGUCUCGGUCUUUAACUUUCGCCCGUGGGAGGGGGAUUUGCGGUGGGAACCGCGGCCGUGUGUCAGCGUGUGAAUGCGGGGCGAAGAGUCGUCGGAUUCCGAGUCGGGGAGGAUGGAGGAGAGUUCGGUCCGGAGGAGUUUGGAGACUUUGUGUCAAGAACUGAACAUGGACGAGCAGACCGCAGCUGAAGCCAUGGACAACUUCACAGCAAUAUGGAAUACAUACACGCUGGAGGGAGAGGUGGUCCACUGGCUGGCCUGUGCGCUGUACGCGGCCUGCAGGAAGGGCUCCACUCCCACCGUGGGGAAGGGGCUGAUGGAGGGGAACUGUGUCUCGCUCACCAGGAUCCUGCGCUGCGCCAAGCUGAGGUCAGACGCUUCCUGCAUCACAAAGAUGCUGAAAUUACAAAAUUCACUCCAA